AUGCAGGUUCAAUUCCCCCUUCCUGAAACCUGCAAGGCCGGGGUGGUCACUAACCAUGGCCCUGCUUUCGAGCUUAAAAUUGAGGAUGUUCAAGUGCCUCACCCCGACCAGAUUUUGAUUAAACUCAAUGUCACUGGACUGUGCUAUAGCGAUAUUCACUAUAUGUUAGAGGAUCUGCCAUUGCCUCGAAUGGGCCAUCUCAGCGUAUCUUCUCCUGGACACGAAGGUGCAGGGGUUGUUGUUGCAAUUGGCAAAGACGUCAAGGGUUAG